ACUUUCCUCCCAAUGCGCGGAGGAGACACAUCCAGCGCUCCAGCCAGACGAGGGAACAGGCUGCUCACCCUGAGGAGAUCCAGCAUAUAUUUCUGGCAUAUUUUGAGGUGUGGAAUGCUGGUCCUAUCGCUGCUGAUACACUGUAGCUGUCCGUUUUCGCUCCAACUUGCAUUGCUGACUGCCUACAGCGGUGUUUGGACAGCUUCAAGAUCACAUGCAGGUUGUCCGUAGGUCAUAGCAAUAGAUUCCCUUUCUGCCUGGACCUUCUACACUUUGCAUGCAGAUCCACGAGGACGACGAAGGGCAUUUACUGUUAUUUCCUAAGGAGAAACAAUCCCGAAUACAAACCGGUGGACCGUGACAUAUAUAGCCUAAACUGGUUGAAUAAUUAACCAGGCGCUGAAGUGGAAUAUUGUUACUAAAGCUCUCAAAAGUGGCCAUGGUGAUUUUUAACGGUCUGCUGAAGAUUAAGAUCUGCGAGGCUUUGGACCUGAAGCCCACAGCCUGGUCUCUGAGACACGCCGUCGGCCCCAAGACGCAAACCUUUCUGCUGGACACUUACAUCGCCCUCAACGUAGAUGAUUUUCGCGUGGGUCAGACCUCGACCAAGCAGAAGACCAACAGUCCCGUCUGGCACGAUGAGUUUGUGACGGAGGUGCACGACGGCCGGAAGAUCGAGCUGUCGGUGUUUCAUGACGCGCCGAUUGGCUACGACGACUUUGUAGCCAACUGCACCAUUCAGUUCGAGGAGUUGCUGCAAAACGGCAGCAAACACUUCGAAGACUGGAUAGACUUGGAGCCAGAGGGAAAGGUUUAUGUCAUUAUCAACUUGUCUGGAUCAUCCAGUGAAGCAGGAAGCUGUGAGAAUGAAGAGCGUGUAUUUCGUGAACGCAUGCGUCCCAGGAAAAGGCAGGGAGCUGUCCGGAGGAGGGUGCAUCAAGUCAACGGACACAAGUUCAUGGCCACCUACCUGAGACAGCCCACCUACUGCUCGCACUGCCGCGACUUCAUCUGGGGUGUAUUAGGAAAGCAAGGGUAUCAGUGCCAAGUGUGCACCUGUGUAGUUCAUAAACGCUGCCAUGAGCUGAUCAUCACGAAAUGUGCAGGUCUGAAGAAACAGGAGGACACCACAGAGGAGGUGGGAUCUCAGCGCUUCAGCGUCAAUAUGCCUCAUAAGUUCAGUAUUCACAACUACAGAGUCCUGACAUUCUGUGACCACUGCGGUUCAUUACUGUGGGGCCUCCUGCGGCAAGGACUCCAGUGCAAAGUUUGUAAGAUGAAUGUGCACAAGCGUUGUGAAAGUAAUGUAGCUCCUAAUUGUGGGGUGGACGCCAGGGGCAUCGCUAAGGUGCUGUCUGACCUCGGAGUCACUCCAGAUAAACUCUCCGGCAGCGUCCAGAGGAGAAAAAAGAUCUCUCAGGGUCCAGAUCCGCAGCCCUUACCCAUAUCCCCGCAGUUAGAAGAGGAUCGAUCCAAAUCUGCACCCACAUCACCAUGUGACCAGGAUAUAAAGGACCUGGAGAACUUCAGAAAGGUACUUUCGUUUGACCAUCGCGGUGAGGAGCUGAAGCCAGCCUCGUCCUCCUCUCUGUCCGAGGCCAGAGAGAACGGAGAGGUGAAGACGCUCCAGACCAAAAGGAUGACGCUGGAAGACUUCUCCUUCAUCAAAGUGCUCGGGAAAGGCAGCUUCGGCAAGGUGUUGCUGGCAGAGUUAAGAGGCACUGAUGAGGUUUAUGCGGUGAAAGUGUUGAAGAAAGACGUGAUCCUGCAGGACGAUGACGUGGACUGCACUAUGACUGAGAAACGCAUUCUAGCGCUGGCCAGAAAGCACCCUUACCUGACCCAACUCUACUGCUGCUUUCAGACCAAGGACCGUUUGUUCUUCGUCAUGGAAUAUGUGAACGGCGGAGACCUGAUGUUCCAGAUCCAACGUUCACGCAAAUUCGAUGAAGCUCGUUCCCGGUUUUACGCUGCCGAGGUGACCUCAGCCCUCAUGUUCCUGCACCAAAAUGGGGUCAUUUACAGGGAUUUGAAGCUAGACAACAUUCUGCUGGAUGCAGAGGGUCACUGUAAGCUGGCAGACUUUGGCAUGUGUAAGGAGGGAAUCCUGGAAGGCAUCACAACCACAACAUUCUGUGGCACACCAGAUUACAUUGCCCCGGAGAUCCUGCAGGAGCUUGAGUACGGCCCGUCAGUGGACUGGUGGGCUCUAGGUGUGCUGAUGUAUGAGAUGAUGGCUGGUCAGCCUCCUUUUGAAGCUGAUAAUGAGGACGACCUUUUUGAGUCUAUUCUCCACGAUGACGUCCUAUAUCCCGUGUGGCUCAGCAAAGAGGCCGUCAGCAUUCUUAAAGCGUUCAUGACGAAGAGCCCCAGUAAGCGGUUGGGUUGCGUAGUGUCCCAAGGACUAGAGGAAGCUAUUAAAGUACAUCCGUUCUUCAAAGAGAUUGAUUGGGUACUUCUGGAACAGAGGAAGAUCAAGCCGCCUUUCAAACCACGUAUUAAAACCAAAAGGGAUGUCAACAAUUUUGACCAGGACUUCACCCGCGAGGAGCCAGUGCUCACCCCGGUGGAAGACGCCAUUAUCAAGCAGAUCAACCAGGAUGAGUUCAAGGGCUUCUCUUACUUCAGCGAAGAGACCCUGUCCUAAUACUGAAACCUCCAUCUCCUGCGCUGUGCUUGGCGCACACGAACGCUGUGAAUGCCCAUGAGCUGAUCGUAGACCAUCAUUGAACAAGAAUUUGAUGCUUUAAUUUAAAAGUAGAGAGUUAGGUGUUAUAAUCUUUCCUGCUGAACCCCAAAAACCGUACGUGUGUGCACAGAUACUCACUCAUUUGCACCGAAUGAAACUGAGUCCUUUUUAUUUAACGUAUUUAAAACACUUAAGGGAGCUCAUGUGACGUCACUGAAGCAGCUGGAUAGAGCUCAUAAGAAGGCCAUUUCAUGUUUCAUUUCUCCUCCCAUCGUGCAGUGUAUCAGGGUAAUGGUACACCUGGAGUUAACCCAUUUACACUAGCACCGUUUUGAAAUUCAAAAACCAAAUGUAAAGAACACGUUUUGCAGAUGUGAUGCUUAUAAACGUGUGAAUUGGGAGUUUUAAGCACAGCAUUGGGAUCUGAUCAUCUGACCAGAGACAGUUAUUCGGAUGGUACUGGGAAGGACUCAGAACUGCCUUUCAUGAGACCAUCACGCCAUUUCCAUUUGAAACAGCAGUGUGACAUAUACGCAAGUCACCUAAACAAGUGUUGUGUGUGUGUGUGUGUGUGUGUGUGUGUGCGUGUGCGUGUGCGUGUGUGUGUCGUUUUUCUCAUUAUAUUACUGGAUUGUUUUGUUGCUAGGAUGUGGAAAUUGUUGGUUUCUCUACAAUGCAACAAGACCUUUCAUUAUGAAUGGGUCAGGACAGUAGCCAAUCCUGUCUCUACAGUCUACAGUACGUACAAGUCCUGAUUACCCUGAUCAUUAGCCUGUGAACUUUGAAAAUAGACUAAUCAUCUACUGCAUGGUUAUGCCUAUAAUAUUCUUGUGUAUUAUUAGACAAUGAGAAACUGUUAUGUGCAAUAUUAUGUGUGUGUGUGUGUGCGUGUGUGUGUGUGUUGGUUUAGCGAUUUUUUUCCCUCUCCAUCUCACCUUUAAUGUUCUGAUUUCCACCGUUUUUUGCAGUCUGUCCGUUUUGGUUGGUAAUCGUUAGGUUGUCAGGUCAUGCGAUAUCCAGCACAGGUCCUUUAUUUCAGCUGCUACAGCCUCUGUAUUUCAUAUACUCAAGUUAGACAAGAGGCAAAAUAUUAAACUUCUGUGGCAAAAAAAGUAAAAUACAUAGAAAUGAUCUUCCAUUCUAAAUAUAGCACAACUGAAGUACCCUAGAAUUGCUCCUAAUAUGAAAGCUGUAACAGUGAUGAAGGCAAGACUGGUUAUAUUUGUCAAGAAAAUCCAAUCAGUUCAUUUCAGUAUGAACAUAAGAAAUAAUGAACGCAUUUGUAAUAAAUUCAACAUCUUAAACAUUCCAUUGCAAGGUUUUUUUUUUUGCAGACUCUUGCCAACACUGGGUUUAAAUGUCAACAUGAAAUUGUUGCCAGAUUCAUCUGUAAUAAAAAAUAGCAUUUGAAACAACUUUAUCUUUCUGCUGAUGCAUCCAAACACCUUUAUUUUGCUGUGAACACUCACUUUUCACAAUCCAAUCAAUUCCUGUUGCAAAAUAUUUACUUUCCGUCCUACAUUUUUUCUACAUAUCAGAUCACCAAAGUGAAAAGUGGGUUGUGAACAGCGUCUCAUGUUGACAUUGAGACCUUCACUCAUUUCAUGCACAUUUUACAGAUCUGUUGCUUCAUUUUGAGUUAGAUUUUUUGCAUAGUUUACCUUUCAUUUGUUUGGACGUUUUUCUCAAAGCAUGUCUGGCCUUAUUUGUGCCGUUCUGAACUGGCAUCUAUUGGCCUGGAUGGAGUCCACUAACAGGAAACUCUCACAGCUACACCUGCCAAACACCUGUGCCCUGAUGAGAAAUUUGCAAAGCUAUUUUGGACUUCAUGAGUAACUCUUUUUUUAUUAUUGUUUUUAAAAUGACUCUACAUAGGAAACACAUUGACAUGUUCAAGCAUAAGAUGAAAGCACCUCUUUGGUUAAACGUGAAUCUGUGUCUCACAAAGGAAUACAUAUUUGUACAUACAGAGGUACAGUGCAUAUUAAUAUAAGUUAUAUAAGUGUUUUAUGUCACUGGAAGUAUCUUAAAUGUGUAUGUAUUUCUUUUUUAUCUUAUU